AAUCACAAAACCUCCUCUUUAACCUUGUAUUAUCAUAUUGCUCAAUAAGCUUUUUUUUUUUCUUUUCUUCAAAGCCCAAUUUUCUGUUUUCAUAAGAAAAACAUGGCUGAGGCUUUGCUCAUCCCUGCAGCCAAUGCAAUCUUGAAUGGGUUGCUUCCCCUAGCAACCAAUCAGAUUAACCUGGCAUGGGGUUUCAAGGAAGGCCUCGAAAAACUCCGCGAUAGGUUGGAAAUCAUUCAGGGUUUGUUACAUGAUGCUGAGAACCGUGAAAUAACAUCACAUGCUAUGAUGCCAUGGCUAAAGAGACUCAAGGAUGCAAUCUGCGAUGCUGAGAAUGUGCUGGAUGAAUUGGCCUAUGAAGCUUUUCGAAGAAAGAUUGAGGUACAAAACCGGAUGAAGAACAAGGUGUGCAAUAUUUUCUCCCCCUCCAUUAAUCCAUUGUCAAUUCGUUUCAAGAUGGCUAAUAAGGUCAAUAACAUCAAUAAAGUGCUAGACAGAAUUCGUAAAGCAGCAAAUGAUGUUGGUCUUAAAUCGGCUGAGCAACUCAUAAGUCCUAGUACUGUUGAACUUAUGGAAUUCAGGAACACUGGACCUUCCAUAGGUGAUACAACAAUUGUGGGGAGGGAUGGUGAUGUUUCAGUAGUGGUGGAUAUGUUACUAAUUGGAUCGAAAGUAGAAGGUGUUUUAUGCGUCAUUGCCAUUGUUGGAAUGCCUGGGCUAGGCAAGACAACUCUUGCGCGGGUAGUUUACAAGCAGCCUAAAGUUAUGGAGAACUUUUGUGAUAUGAGUGAUAAGAGUGACAAGAGAAUGUGGAUUUGUGUAUCUAAUAAGUUCCAGGUAGUAAGGCUUUUGAAUGAGAUGGUGCAAUCUCUUACUGGAGAUAAAUCUGAGACACCAAACAUUGAGGGAGUAGUGAGAAAGCUUACAGAAAAACUUAAUGGGAAAAAAUACUUGCUUGUAUUAGAUGACGUUUGGAAUACAAAUCCAAAUUUAUGGGUAAACUUGAGAAAUUCUUUGAUAGGAAUCGGUGGCUCUAAGGAAAGCAGGAUUUUAGUUACUACCCGUAGUAUGGACGUCGUAUCAGCAAUGCGAACAUCCCCAUCUUGCACCCAUCAGUUGACGACACUAUCGGAAGUUGAUUGUUUGGCAAUGCUUAGGAAAAGAGCAUUUGCCAGUGGCGGACCAAAAGAAAGUCAAACUUUAUUGGAUAUUGGUAGAAGAAUUGUAGAAAAGUGUAAGGGUGUGCCAUUAGCCAUAAACUCAUUAGGAGGUCUACUGUACUCGAAGCAGAACGAACAAGAAUGGGAGUCCAUCGAGGAGAGUGACACAUGGUGUUUACUGGAAAAUGAAGAGGGAAUUUUUUCAGUAUUGAGGCUUAGUUUUGAUCAUUUAACGCCACCAUCUUUGAAACAAUCGUUUGCAUAUUGUUCUAUUUUCCCAAAGGACCAUGUCAUUAUCAAGGACGAGUUGAUUCAACUUUGGAUGAGUCUAGGAUAUCUUAAACCUUCUUCAAAAAGAAAGGUGGAAAUGGAAGAGUUAGGCAAUGAGUAUUUUCAUACCUUGUUGCGCAAUUCAUUACUCCAAGAAGUGAAAUUUGAUGAGUACGACAAUAUCACAAGUUGCAAGAUGCAUGAUCUUGUUCAUGAUCUUGCACUCCAUGUCUCACAAGGUACAUGUUUAACUCUGGAAACUAGUGAGGUGAAGAAUUAUCCCGAUGUUCAACAUCUGUCAUUGGAUUUUACAAAAGAAACACGGUUAGAUGUAUCAAAAGAAAAUGUUGAAAAACUAAGGACACUAUUUUUAAAAGGACAUCUCCCCCAGGACACCAAAGAUCUAAAGUGUAUUCGUGCCUUGCGUUUAGAAGGAUCUUAUGUGAAAGACGAAUAUUCUUUUAUGCAUUCUUUUAUGGGAAAAGAAUCUUUUUUGGAAGAGUUGCCUAGUUCAAUAUGCAAGUCCAUACAUUUAAGGUUUCUUAACCUCACCGAGACUUCGAUUAUGAAAGUCACAAAUUUUAUUACCAAGCUCUACAAUUUAGAAACACUGAAACUACCAAAGAAUGUGGAAGAGCUUCCAAAAGAUUUCCACAAUAUGGUUAGCUUGAGACACUUCUAUCUUGAAGACAAUGAUCGAAAUAGGAAAUUGAUGCCCAUGAAGAUAGGGCAGUUGACAUCUUUGCAAACAUUACCAUUCUUUGUUGUGGGCGAGAAGAGUGGCCAUAGAAUUGAAGAGUUGGGUAGCUUAAGCAAGCUAAGAGGUAGAUUACAUAUUUACGAUCUACAGCACGUGAAAGACAAGAAAGAAGCAGAGAAGGCUCAAAUAUUUGGGAAACCACACAUUCAAGAGUUGCAAUUUCACUGGGACGAAAACCUCGAAGAGUCCGACAAUAACCAUGGGGAUGUGUUGGAAGGACUCAAACCUCACCAAAAUGUUAACGGACUAAUUAUUCAAAAUUUUGGAGGAAGACGAUGGGUGUCGUGGAUGAGUAGAGAUGCCCGCUCGCUUAAAAAACUGGUGAAGAUUGAGCUAAGAGGUUGUAUGUUGUGUGAGCAAGUCCCAGCGCUCGGACACCUUCCGCAUCUUGCGAUUUUAAAAAUGAAUGGCUUGAAUAACUUGAAGCGUAUUGGUCCCGAAUUUUAUGGACAGGACAAAUGGAUUAUCGACAAUCGCGGUAGUAGUGGGGCAGCAGCUGCAGGAGUAUUUCCAGCAUUGAGGGAAUUAGAACUUGUUGAUAUGCCUCAAUUAGAAGAAUGGUCAGACGUAUUGACAUUGCACGCUUUUGCCACGAGUAUGAUAGACUCCUUCCCUCGUCUCAAGAAAUUAGAAAUCAGGAAUUGCCCCAAGUUGAUAACCAUUCCAGCAGCGUUCAAGGGCUCGACGUCCCUUCAACAACUUUCAAUUGUAAGGUGUGAUGAGUUGAUGUGUUUGCAAGGAGUGGUGCUCCAACCAACCGUUGUAGAGAUAGAAAUAUGGCGGUGUCGAAAGUUAAAAACGCUCAAUGCAACUGACGAAACAGAAGCACCAUUCAACGACUCGACGUACCUUCAACGACUUUCGAUUGAUGAUUGCCCGGAGUUGAUGUGUUUACCGAAAGAGCUACUACAACCAACCCUUGUAAAAUUACUCCUAUGUGAUUGUCCAAAGUUAAAGACAUCCAAUCCAGAUGCAUUACGCUGCCUCACAUCCCUCAAGAAGUUGCUUAUUAAAUCCUGUCCAAAUUGGGGGAGUUAUUGGGAGGAGGGGCUGUUUUGCACCACUAGCCUUCAAUCAUUGACUAUAGGUUUAUUCGGAGAGGAGUACAGAUAUUUCCCGUGGCCCUCCACAAGUGCUGCAUCACCACCAUCAUGCCAUUUCACCUCCCUGGAGUCUCUAUAUUUAUUUGGAUGGCCAGAGGUCAAGACCCUGCCUGAUCAACUUAAGCACCUCCCUGCCUUGAGAAAUUUGUAUAUUGUGCAGUUCAUUGCAUAUACGUGGGUGCCCCCCUCUUGA